AUGGAAUCGCGUGUCAAGCGCAGUAAUACAUACUGUGAACAAGAUGAUUCAUGUGAACAAGAUGGUAUGGAGACUGAGAGUGAGAAAGAUUUAACAGAAAGUAUCAAAGAACUUAUUACUGAAAUACCAUCAUUAAACAUUGAUAAUGGUAGAAAGAAUUGUGAAGAACAAUUAAACAAUUGGAUGCAAACGAUGGUUGAUAAAAUUCAACAAAAAUAUAAAGAACUUCAGAUGGAACUUGAUCAACUUCAUAGUUAUAUUGAAACGAAUCAAGAUCAAUGGAAAUCAUCUUUGAAAGAUCGAAUGGAAACAAAGGUUCGAUCAGUAUUAAUGGCACAAUUGAAAUUACAUGAAACCGAUGGAUCAGAAUUGACUAAAGCUCGAGAUGAACUAUUACGUGCACAAAAAUUCUAUAAUUUACUCAAUAGUCAAACAAUGAUUACAGUAUCUACUGCCAAAGAUAAUGAAAUUUAUUUAUUAAGCCCUAGCUUAUCUUUUUCCAACGUUAUAGUCGAUGGAUUCACUUCGAUUGAUAAAAUUAUACCAAAAACAAAUGCUGAAAUUAUAGAACAAUUAAAUCAACAGGCAAUUGAUUUAAUGAAUAAUGAAACAGAGAAUAUUUUUUUGCCAGACCUCGAUCCAGUUGCAUUUGAUCUAUUAAUGAAUACAGAAACAAUCGUAGAGAAUCAAUUUAUGGCAUCUGAUACGUCUUUACCAGUAUUAUAUAAUACAAAUCAAUCCAUGAAUAAUAAUACUGAACAGGCUGAUUUUUCGUCAAUUGAAUCAAUAAUUAACAAUGCAAACGAUUCCAACAGUCUUUCAACAAUUAUCCAAAAUCAAAGAACAGAUUUAAUAUCAUGGUUUUUUCAAGAUCAUCAGAGUGAGCUCGAAAAAAUUAUUACAAAUCCCGAAAAUCGUAUGGAAUUAAAUUUAACUUCAAAAAAUCUAACUUGUUCAGAUAUGGAGAUUGUUAGUCAGUAUGCUUUGCAAGAUAAUAAAACACUUAUACAACUUGAUCUUUCUCGUAAUCAAAUUAAAGAUAUCGGUGCACGUUAUUUAAAUACUGGAUUACAAUUAAGUCAAACACUUACUAUUCUUGAUCUAUCUCACAAUCAAAUUGGAGAUGCAGGAAUAUCAGAGCUAAGUAUUGGAUUAAAAUCAAAUGAAACACUCACAACACUUGAUCUUUCUGAUAAUCAAAUCAAAAAUGAAGGAGCACAAUUUCUAGGUGCUAUAUUAGAAUUAAAUACAACACUUACUACAUUAAACUUAUCUAAAAAUUGUAUUGAAUGUCAAGGAGUAAUUGAUUUAAGUAAUGCAUUACACUUAAAUCACACACUUUCAUCACUUAAUCUUUCUGCAAAUCAAACCAAAGAUGAAGGAGCACAAUAUCUAAGUUUUAUGUUACAAUCAAAUAAGACACUAACUACAUUAAAUUUAUCUAAAAAUGAUAUUCAAAAUAAAGGAGCAUAUGAUUUAAGUUUUGCAUUACAAAGAAAUCAAGCACUUUUAUCACUUAAUCUUUCUGAGAAUCAAAUUGGAGAUCAAGGUGGAGAAGAUCUGUGUACUGCAUUAAAAUUAAAUGAAACAUUGACAAAACUUGAUCUCACUUCAAAUACUAUCAAAGCUGAAAUCUUAAGUGGUAUAUCAUCUGCAUUAACAUCAAAUAUGAUAAGAAAAAUAAAUAAUGAAAAUAUGUAA